CCCACCUGUAAUAUACUCUCAUUGGGUGUGUACAAAGCAAAACGUCAACAAAUCAUCUGUUUUGACAUUUCCAAGCAUCUUUCCCUAUCGAAAGCAAAAAAUUCACCAACAGCUCAGCAGCACAAUGGACGCCCAUCGCGAAGCGAUUCAGAAACAAAUCCACCAGGACUGGGCCAAUCGCGAGUACAUCGAAGUCAUCACGGCCAGCAUCAAACGAAUCACAGACUUCCUCAAUUCGUUCGAUAUGAGUUGUCGGUCGCGGCUGGCGGUGCUGAAUGAGAAACUGACCACGUUGGAACGGCGAAUCGACUACCUCGAGGCUUGCGUGACCAAGGGGGAAACGUUGCAAUAGUUGGAUUGUGUUCCGCGGGGAAUGAGGGAAAGGGAUGUGGGCUUUUUUCCGGCGAACUGAGAUGUGUGUUGCUUUCAGCGGGAUGGUAAAGCUAUGCAUUCAAUGGAAGUGUGAAGAAGGUGGCGAACAUUUGGCAGAUACGGCCAAACGGAUUUCUAGCGCGUAAGAUACUCCUUUAUAUAAAUUUAGACAGUAUGCUGCAUUAGUGACAAAUGUAAAUUUAUUUAACUAUCAUUCGAAUAAAAUGAAAUACGAAUCAUA